AAAUACAUUUCCCAUAGACUAGGCAAAGCUCAGUCGAUCCGACAGUCAUUCGAAUUAAAGUGGUAGUAAGUGACGGGAACACAAGUCCCAAAAGAUUAUAUUUAAUUGUUUAUCAUCUUACUGGAGCUCGCGUUCCGGACAUCUUCUACCCAACGAUACCGAAAAGUCCGAAAAAGUAAAAUAAAUCAAGAUGCCUUUCAAACCAGUUGAACACCCAAAAUGCCCAAAAUGCGGCAAAUCUGUAUACGCUGCAGAAGAACGUGUAGCUGGAGGUCUUAAAUGGCACAAAAUGUGCUUCAAAUGCGGUCUCUGCUCAAAAUUGCUCGACUCCACCAACUGCUCUGAACACGAAGGUGAACUUUUCUGCAAAGUCUGCCAUGCUCGUAAAUAUGGACCAAAAGGUUACGGUUUUGGUGGUGGUGCUGGUUGUCUUAGCAUGGACACUGGAUCCCAUCUUGGUGGUGAAGGAGCCCCAACAUCAUUAGCAGCUUUAGAACCAAAAUUAAUUGCAAAAGCCCCAGAAGGUGAAGGGUGUCCACGAUGCGGUGGUUAUGUAUAUGCAGCAGAACAAAUGCUUGCCCGUGGCCGUCCAUGGCACAAAGAAUGUUUCAAAUGCGGUCAGUGUAACAGAGGUUUAGACUCUGUCAACUGUUGCGAAGGUCCAGACAAGGAUAUUUACUGCAAAGUGUGUUACGGCAAGAAAUUUGGACCCAAAGGUUAUGGUUAUGGACAAGGUGGCGGUGCUCUACAGAGUGACUGCUACGCUAAUGGUGAUCAAGCACCAAGAACAACGGUGAUAGACACGGCUAAAAUUAAAGCUCCACCUGGACAGGGUUGUCCUCGAUGUGGUGGUGUAGUAUUUGCAGCUGAACAAGUUCUAGCCAAAGGCAGGGAAUGGCAUCGCAAAUGCUUCAAAUGCCGUGAUUGUACCAAAACACUUGAUUCAAUCAUUGCUUGUGAUGGUCCAGAUCGUGAUGUAUACUGUAAAACUUGUUAUGGUAAAAAAUGGGGACCACAUGGAUAUGGUUUCGCAUGUGGUUCAGGAUUUCUUCAAACUGAUGGUUUGACUGAAGAAGAAAUUUCUAAGUCAAGACCAUUCUACAAUCCAGAUACAACAUCUCUUAUGGCACCUAAAGGUCAAGGUUGCCCACGUUGCGGUGGUCUGGUAUUUGCUGCUGAACAACAACUUGCCAAGGGAACUAUGUGGCAUAAAAAAUGCUUCAACUGCGCUGAAUGCCACAGGCCUCUUGACUCAAUGUUAGCUUGUGACGGUCCCGAUAAGGAAAUUCACUGUAAAGCAUGCUAUGGCAAGCUCUUUGGUCCAAAAGGUUUUGGAUUUGGACAUGCUCCUACCCUUGUUUCUACCAAUGGAGAAUGUACAGUUAUCCAUAAUGGAUUUGCCUCCAAUGGAAUUCAAGCUCCAAAAGGUACUGGAUGUCCACGAUGUGGUAUUGCUGUAUACGCUGCUGAACAAAUGAUUAGUAAAGACCGCAUUUGGCAUAAAAGAUGUUUCAAUUGCUCCGAUUGCCACCGCUCUUUAGAUUCAACUAACUUAAAUGAUGGCCCAGAUGGAGAUAUCUACUGCCGAGGUUGUUAUGGUAAAAACUUUGGUCCAAAAGGAGUAGGUUUUGGAAUGGGUGCUGGUACUUUAACCAUGGCUUAAAUUAAUACAUAAUCUUGUAUAUAUUCCUUGGUAUUUCAUUAUAAAUAUUCCGUAAAAUAUGUAAAUAUUGACUCGAAUAAGUUAACGUUUGAACAUUUGAGUGAGUCGACGAACUGUGUAUAUGCUAUAAUUAACUAGUUUUGCUGUAUACCGAAUUAUUGAUUUAAUUAUUAUUUUUUUGGGACAGUAUUAAAAAUAGUUUCCUGUUUAAGUACAAAAAUUAUUUUAAAUUUAUUAAUGGAAAAACAGGGAAUAUAUUCUAGAUUUCGCUAUCAAAAUUCUUUACUGUACAUAUAAGUUUCAAGUUUCAGAUUGCUUUCGAUUAUUUAGAAGAGUAAAGUAGCCAUUUUAGAAUUUAUAUAUUUAUCGAAAAAAAAUUUAGUUUUAAAAAUAUCAUUGUAAAAGACUGUCAAUUUUAGACACAAAACUAGUAAUUUUUUAACGAUAGAUUUAGAUUCGAAAAAAUGGUGAAUCAAAAAUAUUUAGUGAGCUUAACUUAUGCAUCUCAAUUAGAAUAACUUAAAGGCAUCUUUUAUUCAAACGAUUUUUAUAAACAUUUUUUAUAAAUCCUAAAAAAAAAAAUAAGAAAAUAUUGUAAACGACGCUAAAACAAUAUUUUGAAACGAAUAUUGAUUUAAAAUUUUAGGUAUGCUGAAAUUUUUGUUAAUAUUUAAUUUUUCUAUAUUUAUUUUUUCUUUUUUAAUUGGGAAUUAUUAUUUUUACAUUUUUUUAAUUCCAAUACAAUUAGUGAGAUUCUCUCAAUUCUCAAAAAAUUCGAACGACCGGGAGACAUUUUUCAAAACCCGGGUUUAAUUCUCUGCUGUCGUUUGGGAAUCAAAUAUUACGAUGACCGGCCGGUAUUUGUAAUAUUAUUUA